AUGGCUCCUUCGGCAUUGCAAAAGGUCCUCAAGGGUGCCAGAAGACAGCAACAGGCUUUUGGCCCUCGCGCUUGGGCAGCUCCUUUUCCCCAUGAGAAGCUCAACGACGAAAAGUCUCGCGUCACAAAGAUCAUCAAAGUCAGCUCCCAUCCUUCCGACCUCUUCCAGAAGGUCCACAGCAUCAACAAGAAGUUUGAGCAGUCAAGCUCCAAACUGCAAACCAAGACAACUACCGCCGAGUCCGAGGUUGCUGAGCAGUCAACCACCCUCCCAGCUCAGGAGACUCCCAUCAUGUCUGGACUCGAGCCUACCACCAACCCUGCUGUCCCCGAACGUACCUCCAAACGCGUCACCAAGCGCAACACCAAGCGCAACACCAAACGCGCCGCCGAACCCAUGGCCGGUUUCAAGCCGCUGCCUCGCGACUCUCACUCGCCACUAACCAACCUCGCUCCUAUGGCACCCAUGGGCCACAAGAAGAACAGCAGUGCCGUCAAAACACCACAACACAUCAAGAGUAGCUCCAGCUCCCUGACUAGCAUAAAUGGAGUCCACCUUCUCCUGGCCGUCAUCCCCAUCGACCACUAUGCCCUCUGGAUCGAGGACUGGGAAAAUUUCCUCACCCUUUCCAAAGAUCACAUCUCUGCCUACUACUCCAGCAUCCAAAGACAGUUCGACUCUGCUGGCUGGCAGGUUUACGCCGACUGUGAGAAUAAGACUCUUGCCGAUUUGCUUAAGAACAAGGUCAUUGACGAAGAAGUCUUUGGCAAGAAGUUGAUUUGCAGAUACAUCUAAGGGGAAUCAAGAUUUUGACACACGUCAUGGGAUAUCAGGGGGG